AUGGCUUCAUCACUCGCUCCCCAAUUCUUCACGCCCCUCCAGUCGGUCCCCGCACCAACCAACAUCCGCGGCGUAAUGAUGUUAACCUCGCCCUCAAUAACCCACCUAUUAGAGCUCUUCCACUCGCAGAACGAGGUGCGAAAGAACCCGCAGCCCCCGCACAUUGCGCUUUUGAUAAAGUCCGAGCACAGAGCGCUGCCCGACGACGCCUUAGCAACAUUACCAAAAGUUGACACUUCAAGGAUACACCCCCUGGGCGUAUCAAGCCAUUCCGGAGUAACUUUCAUACCAGUACUGUGGACCGCCGGAAACGCCUGGCGAGUAAAGCACGGCCUUCCGGUGAAGGAUUUUCACAUCACCCUGAGUGCGAAGGACGAGCAUGAUAUCGACAAGUCGAUUUACUCGAUCGCUGCUGAAGGAGUUGAAGGAAAUGGCUUUGUCAAUGGCGUAUUGGUUCCGAAGGGGUUGGGUGUUGAGGUUUUGGAUCAAUUGUAUUUAUCCUCUCACAUCCGUAACGAGGAGAUUGCGUCGCAACUGGGAUGGGCGGAGUACAUCGUGACUUCCCACCCGGAGUCCGAACGCGGGUAUCUGAGACUUGCGGAUUUGGCGUGCAGGAAUGCCUGGUGGAAAGUAGCGAUGUUGAGCUACUACGCUGCAUUCGCGCGCUCGUCCCCGCUCGACGGGGCGGCGGGGAGGAGGAGGGAAUAUUAUUUGAGGAAGAUUGUCUCUUGCGGGGAACACACUGAAUUUGGACCGUUUCUGACGGAGGAGGAGUUAGGCCAGAUAUCUACUGCUCUUUCCUCAAGUCAAGUGAAAGAUAGCCUCCUCCAACCCUGGCCCCCCACCUCCGGCCUGGAACUCCCGGAAGUCCAACCUGGAUCCCUGGCAAUCACCAGAAUCCGCUACCACAUCCCCCCUGGCCCAGAAUUCCCGCAACUCCCUAGAUUCUUCUCCUGGAUCGUGCCUUUCGCCGUCGCCGGGAUGUCGACCCCGCGCUCAGGGGAGGAUAUCCGGCACCUUUCGGGCAUGGGAAUCACCCACGUAAUAACACUAACCUCCGAAACUCCGCUGGCGAAAAGCUGGUUUAAUGUGCGUAUCCGUAAUACUUUAAUACCGGUGGAAAACUACCACCCUCCAACGAUCCAGCAGACCGACAGAGCACUACGCAUAAUCCUUGAGGAGCCAUUCUGCAACCCCGAUUCCCCGGGCGCGACCCUAGUGCACUGCGGCGGUGGAAAGGGUCGCGCGGGGACAGUCCUCGCCUGCUACCUAGCCCUAUACGGGUUCACCCCACCAAGACUCAGAUCCACGAAAGACCCACCAAAGCUCUCAGCAAAGCAAGCGAUAGCCCUCCUUCGCACCCUCCGAGACGGAAGCAUAGAAACUGACCGGCAGGAGAAGUUCAUAGAAACCUACGUCUCCACAGCCUGGAAGCGCUACGGGGGCGGAGAGCCCCUCAUUGGUGACGGCGGACUAGUCCCCGAACCCUCCUCGGGAACACUCGAAAUAACUGGCAACAUAGCGGACCCGGAUAUGAUCCUGCUAAUCGGCCUCCCGGGCGCUGGCAAGUCCGAAUUCACGCGCCUGUGCAGACUGCGCAACCCCGCACUGACGGUGCUCUCGCCGGACGCGAUAACCCAAGAAUCGCCCUCAACCGCGGGUAGCGCUUCCGCCCGAAAAGUCUGCGAGUGCGCCGUCGGCGCAUUCAAGAAGGGGACUGGUUCUGGAGGUCAUAGGAAGGUGCUGCUGCUGGACCGGUGCAAUCCCACCUCCGCCGAACGGAAGUACUGGGUGCAAUUACUCACGUCGGGGGGGGAAGUGGUGGCGGUCUUCCUCGACUACCCAUCCGAGGUGUGUCGAUCGCGGGCGGAAAACCGCAGCUCACAUCCCACGCUGCCGCCCUACCGUGCUGCGGGGGCGAUAUCCAGCAUACAGGCUGCCAUGCAAGCGCCCACCCUGACCGAGGGAUACUCCGGCAUCGCGAGAGUCACGUCAAUACGCUCUGCUAGGGAGCUAGCGGACACGCUCUUCCAGCCCCUAUCCAUGAAGAAAUUCCCCAGGACCAGGCACCUACUCAACCUCGGCAGCGCGACCCGCGACGACCUGAUCAUUCCCGAGACCGAUUUGCCCAGGUACUUCUCCCGCAGUGUGACCAUCGAAGAAAAGGUCGACGGUGCAAACCUAGGCUUCUCACUCUCAUCCGAUUUGUCCAUACUCGUGCAAAAUCGAUCGCACUAUGUGAAUGCGAGCGACGCUGCCCAAUUUGCGCAGUUGGAUCGGUGGCUGGGCUUGCACGGCCCUACCUUGGUCUCCGUGCUACAUCGUGACCCUUCGCUCCCCGAGAGGUUUGUCUUGUUUGGGGAAUGGGUUGCUGCGCUGCACACUGUGCACUACAUCACGCUCCCGGACGUCUUCCUGGCAUUCGAUCUGUAUGAUCGCCUCGAGGAUAGAUUUGCCACUCCUGGAAUUUUGAGGAGUGUACUUGCUGGGAGUGGGAUUCACGCUGUGCCGAUUCUGUGGGAGGGGGGCGUACUAGAUGAAGGGGAACUAUUGAGGUUCUUGGACCGCAAGAGCGCGUUCGGGGAGGAGGCGGUUGAGGGGGUGGUUGUUCGGUGGGAUUCCGGUGAGAGAGCAAAGGUGGUUAGGAGCGGGUUUGUUGCUGGGAGGCAUUGGAGUAAAAAUACGUUGGUCAAGAACGGGGUGGUUGAGGUGCACGAGUGAUCUGGCGUGAUGGUGGUUCUCCAGUUGUGUGGCAGUAACAGUAAUACUAUGAUAGGUUUUGGAGUCUGGAUUAUUUGAAUGAGGAGAUAAUGAGACACCGAGUUAGUGAUAAAAGGA